AUGAACUCCGAGGAAGGUCUACUUGCUGGUGCCUAUGACCACCACACAUAUGACUCCAUUUCCAUCAAAGAAGAGGCAUCCACAGAUGUCAAGUCGGAAACUGCCUUUAUCGGACGCUCUUCAGGACCCUUAGUGGUGACUUUCUUUCUUCAAUAUCUCAUGUCAGUGAUUUCCAUCUAUGCGGCAGGAAAACUUGGCCCCAAGGAAUUGGCCGCGGCGUCGUUGGCUCUCUGUUCGUUCAACAUCACUGGUUUGGCUGUCUACCAAGGUAUGGCGACAUGUUUGGACUCAUUCUGCUCCCAGGCUUAUGGAGCAGGCAAGCUUGAGCUAGUGGGAGUGUACUUUCAGCGAUGCUCAUUAAUGGUUCUAGCCCUUACAGCAUUUCCAUUAGCCCCACUCUGGUGGUGGUCAGGCUCCAUUUUGAAGCAUUUAGUACCCGACGAGGAGCUCGCCAUAAUGAGUCAGACGUACUUAAGAAUCAUGUUGGCUGGAUCUCCCGGUCUUCUUCUUUUCGAAACUGGAAAACGUUUCUUACAGGCUCAACAUAUCUUUAAUGCUGGCACUUACGUUUUGGCUAUUCUGGUGCCUAUUAAUUUCAUCACCAACUGGCUUCUUGUUUGGCAUCCUACUUACGGUUUAGGCUUCAUCGGAGCACCAAUCGCAUCUUCGAUUGGCUUCUGGCUCAUCUCCUUCUUGAUGCUUAUGUACGUGUGGCUCAUCGAUGGACGGAAAUGCUGGGGUGGCUUGGACUUGCACAAGGCCAUGACCAAUUGGAUGCCAAUGCUUAAGUUGGCCUUACCGGGAGUAGUGAUGGUGGAAGCUGAAUACUUGGCGUUUGAGGUUUUAACCAUUUUAGCUGCAUCUUUUGGCACCUCUGCAUUAGCUGCACAGUCCAUUGCGGCCAACAUCGGAAGUUUAGCAUUCCAGCUUCCAUUUGCAGUGGCCGUGGCUAUUACUACUCGAAUCGGCCAUUUUGUCGGUAUGCGGGACAUCAAGGCUGCAGCCAUUGUCACUAGAGUGUCGUUUUUGUUUGGCAGUGCCAUUGCAGUGUUCAACUUCUUAUUUAUCUUCUUUGGAAGAAAUUUCUUGACCUCCAUGUUUACAGACGACAAGGAAGUACUCAAUAUUGGGCUGAAAGUAUUGAUGCUUGUAGCUCUCAAUCAACUCAGUGAUGGCUUCAAUGUUUUGGAGGCAGGUGUGUUGAGAGGUCAAGGCAGACAAAAAAUCGGUUCAUUCUUGAACUUAUUUUCCUACUACGUGAUUGCGUUGCCAGUUGGUUACGUUCUUGCGUUCGUAUUUGAUCUAGAGUUGCUUGGGUUGUGGCUUGGAUUGAUCUCCGGAGUGUUCUUCUUGGCUUCAUCUGAGUUUGUUUGCAUUUUGAGGAGUAAUUGGCCACGCAUUGUAACAGAAUCCGCCGAUAGACAUGAUCAUUAG